AGCAACCACACACUGGUUGUAAAAACCCAAGCGAAAGUUCACACAUCUAAAAAGUAUUCAGGAUGGCAACGAAAAGCGACGGUAAGGAUGUAAAAACAAAACCAUCCAAGACUUUUCCAACGGACAAGGAACUACGGCAUUUUGAAAAUUCACAAAAUUUGAAGAUUGUGUGGAUUUGAAACGUGCAUCUAAAGAAUCUGUCAAAACCAAACCAACGCGAUUCAGCUUCCGGAACCUUGAAAAUCUACCUAGAAACAAAACUCUUGACAAAAACAUUGGAAAGCUGUUUGAUAUUUUCAUUCGUUCAAUGAUUCAAAAGGCUGGUGGUAAUCUAGAAACUACGGAAUAUUGGUUGAAUCUGAAACAUGAAGCUUACGAGGAAGAUGAUGGAUUUUGGAUAAUGCACCAGACAUACGAGAUGGCCGACGGAUAUACUCUGAUGAAUAUAAUUGCCGAACAAAUGCAGUCAAAGAAGGGACUAUGCGUUGACGAUGGAACAUUCACGUUAACAAUGAGAGUGUUCACAAAGGACGAAUCAGUUCGCGGAAAGGGAUCAGUAGAAAUUUCUAAAGAUAGGCUAAUGUUAUUCGGGUCAAAAUACCCAAACGUUGUUGGAUUCACUCAUUGUCUUUUGAAGGCAAUAGUCAUUGGUAAACUUUGGUAUGAUUCGAAAUCGACAAAAACAAAAGGACAAGAAGCAAAGGAUUUUAGAAACCUGACGAGACAAGACAAAUGUCUGGAUCACCGAAAAGGAAAACAACUACAACUUGCAAAGAGUUUGGCAACAUCUGUUGGGCUGGAUUGCGACCGCGAAGAACAUGGAUUCGAUGAUUUACAGAAAAUUGCAGACCAUCUGCAUAACAUUUGUGUGUGGGGGCUGAAAAGCGGUUCAAAGGCUACGGCGAAAAUUUUUGAAGCAAAUAAAGGUGCAAAAGGAUUCAUUCCACUUCUGUAUGUCGACAACCACUUUGAUUUUUUUGUACCGAGGAUUGAUUACGUCAAUACCGGAUUUUGUUUCAAAUGUAAUCAAUACUCUGGUCGCCGACAUUACCAAACAUGCGGGGCCAAAUGUCGGAGAUGUGGUGUCACCAAUUGCGAGAAGAAUGGAGUAGGCAAGAUUUGUGAAAAAUGCAACAUUGUGUUUCAAAGUGAAUCAUGUUAUGAAUCUCAUUUAGUAAAGCCGUCUAAACUAUCCUUGUCAUUUUGCGAACGAUAUGAAAAAUGCAAAAAAUGUGGAUUCAUACAUCGUAAAGAUUCAUAUUCCAAAACUGUACACAAAUGCCACGACAACGCUUUUUGUAAAAUCUGUCGUCAAAGAAUAAACGGUCCUCACGAAUGCUCACACGCCGCACCUACGGUCGCCAGGACACUUCGAAAUUUGGAAAAACAAAAAAAAUGGAGGCCUCACUCUACUCAUAUUCUUUCUUCUUUUCAAAUCAAAUUUCUGCCUCUUGUUUAA